AUGGCGACCGCAGAUGUACUCCUCCCAGUCCCCGCUAGUCUAGGCUCUAGCAAAAGGAAACGAUCGGAGUCGGUGACAACAUCAUCAUUGGAGAACGUCAUGUCAUUCACCGUCCCAAGAAAAAUUGCUUUCGAUCCAAGUCAGCAUCUGCAAUUCCAAGAUCCCGAUAAGAUAUGGACCAUGGAAGAGAUUGGGCACAAAAAUGUUGGAAUCUCACCGGUUGCAGUAUCAAACCCCUUUCCCCUUUUCAGUAAGGAGGCGAUCAUGCAAAUGAGGGACGAAGUCCUUAGCGAUGCGGUGCAACAGAAUUGUAAAUAUGCCAGCAACCUUGCUGCCAGCCAACUGAGAGGAUUCGCACCAAAAUAUGCCCCGUUUGUUUACGAUGCGUGGAAUAGCCCAGAGGUGCUCAAGAUUGUAUCCAAAAUUGCCGGUAUCGAUCUUGUCCCUCAAAUGGACCUAGAAAUCGCACAUAUCAACCUCUCACAAUUUUCUGCUGAACAAAAGGAGGAGGAUGAUAAAGCCAUACAAGAGAAACAGCAUCGAGAUGCAGAUGAAGGGGUGGCUGGAUGCCCAUGGGAGGAUGACAAGCCCAUUGUCAAUUGGCACACUGACAGCUAUCCUUUUGUGUGCGUCACAAUGUUAAGUGACUGCACACACAUGGUUGGUGGAGAAACUGCACUGUUAAAAGGAGACGGGAACGUUAUGAAAGUUCGGGGACCACAGAUGGGCCAUGCUGUUGUUUUGCAGGGACGAUACAUUGAGCAUCAAGCAUUAAGGACUCUAGGAACAACCGAGCGAAUCACCAUGGUAACAUCGUUCAGACCGAAGUCGGCCUUCAUCAAGGAUGAUACAGUACUCACAACCGUCCGCUCAAUCUCCAACCUCUCAGACCUUUAUUCUCAGUAUGCUGAGUAUCGACUGGAUAUGUUGGAAGAACGUGUUCGAGCCCAUCGCAAACAGCUAAAUGACCGAAAACGAGCCGGUAGAAAUUUUGAUACCGCGGCGACUAAGGCCUUCAUAACUGAACAAAGGGACUUCUUGGAAUCCAUGUUGCGCGAGAUGGUUGACGAAGACCAGGUUGUCAAAGGGCAUACGACACAAUCAGACCUGAAGAGCAGCAAUCUCAGGAAGCACCAGCAGAAAAAGGCACGAUCGUAA